CAAUCAAUUAAGAAACUUCUUAAAAAUAUUAAUUUUUCUUCAGUUUUUUUAACAAAUCCUUUAAAACCAAAACCGCAAUGAAUUUUUCAAAAGUUUUUGUAUUCGCUUUAAUUGUUUUAAUGGCUGUUCUUGGACAAUCCCAAGCCGGUUGGUUAAAGAAAACCUUCAAACCAGUUGAAAAAUUGGGCCAGAGGGUACGUGAUGCAACUGUUCAAGGAAUUGGCAUUGCACAACAAGCAGCAAAUGUUGCAGCUACGGCAAGAGGCUAAAUAAAUGGAGUGUUUUUCUAUGUGUACUUAAAAGUUGCCAUAUUAAUAUAAAUAUAAAAAGCUACCAUAAUUAUAUAUAUAUAUCUACGAUAAAAUGAGUAUUAAUUGUAUAUUUAUAAACAAAAAAAAAACUAUUUUACAUUUUUUUAUCCCCGUUAAUUUGAAUUGAAAUAAAGUAAAAGAAACCAAAA